AUGGCGGGCCAUGUGAGGGGAAAUGAAAACGCACUAACACCAAAACUCGCAAUUAGAGUCGGCGUCUUCUCCCUCCUGACAAACUCCUACGCCAUCGUCGCGGUCGGCGCCUCGGAGAACUUCUACAGCGUCUUUGAAGCCGAACUCCAGGAUGUCAUUCCCAUCUGCCACGCUACUAUCGCCGGGACCCGUCUCGUGGGACGGUUAGCCGUGGGUCUCGCCGACGUGCUAGGCGUCGAAGUCUUCCGCCAAACAGUCGCCGACAACGUCCUGACCGGCUCCUACAUGGCCCUCUCGAACCAAGGCGGCAUCGUGCACCCCAAGACCUCCAUCCGCGACCAGGACGAGCUGUCCUCGCUCCUGCAAGUGCCCCUCGUGGCCGGCAGUGUCAAUCGCGGAUCAUCCGUCGUCGGCGCGGGCAUGGUCGUCAACGACUGGCUGGCUAUUACGGGUCUGGAUACCACGGCCACGGAGCUGAGUGUGAUCGAGAGUGUUUUCCGGCUGGGCGAGAUGGCGCCCGGUGGUGCUGGGGCGGGUGUUAAUAAGGAGAGCAUUGUGGAGAGUUUCUAUUAG